GGAGCCGCGGGCUGCUGCUUACUGUACCUCCCUGGAAGUACACACAACUACGAAAACAAGUAGUACGGAAGCCUGCCAGGUGUGCACAUGAUGGAGGAGAACGAGGAGCAGCUGGACGUCCAGCUGUCAGCCCUCAGCUUGAAGAAGGGAAUCAACGAGGGAGAAAGCUUCAGGCUGCACAUGGUGACGUGGAACGUGGCCACCGCCGACCCUCCAGAUGACGUCACCUCACUUCUCCACCUGAACUCUCCAAAGAGGCCAGACCUUUAUGUCAUUGGUCUGCAGGAAGUAUACUCAGGGCCUUUGAGAUUCAUGUCGGACGUCGUGUUCGAUGAUCCGUGGAGUCAGCUGCUUAUGUCCAUCCUAGCGCCGCAGAAUUAUGUCAAGGUGUCAUCCAUUAGGAUGCAGGGUCUGCUGCUGCUCUUCUUCUCUAAAGUGGACCACGUCCCCUUCAUCAAAGACAUCCAGGCUACGUACACCCGCACGGGCAUUAUGGGUUACUGGGGUAACAAGGGCGGUGUGUCCAUCAGCCUGUCCUUCUACGGCCACAUGCUCUGCUUUCUCAACUGCCACCUGGCUGCUCAUAUGAAGUACGCGUCAGAGAGAGUGGAUGAGUUUGAGUACAUCAUGGCCACGCAGACAUUUGACUGUAAAAAGGCUCCACAGAUUGUUGACCACAGGCUGGUGUUCUGGUUUGGAGAUCUCAACUUCCGCAUUGAGGACCACGGCAUGCACUUCGUCCGCUCCUGUAUCAACAACCAGACCUACAACCUGCUGUGGAGCAAAGACCAGCUGACCAUGAUGAAGAAGAAAGAGCAGGUGCUGCAGGAGUUUGAAGAAGGACCUCUGGACUUUCAGCCCACGUACAAGUUUGACUUGAACUCUGAUACCUAUGACAGCAGGCUCUACAAGACAUGGUUUGGCUUUAACGGUAAGAAGCGUAAACCUGCCUGGACCGACAGGAUUCUGUGGCGACUCCGACCCAAAGUCUCGCUCCCUGACGGGCAGGAUGAAAACAAGAGCGGACUGGAUGCGAAGAUGCUGAAGCAGCUGGAAGAGGAUGAGGAGUACCCGCUGAAGAUCAGGCAGGACUUGUACACCAGCAACAUGCAGUACAGCAUCAGUGACCACAAGCCUGUCAUUGGUGUCUUCACACUGGAGCUGAGGAAGAUGUGCAAGACUCCACUGGUGCGUCUGCAGGCGGAGGGCGACUGGAGCGCAGAUAUCGAUGCAAUGGUUGUGUACAGCCCUUUGCAGCCGUUCCCCUCCAGUACCUGGGACUGGAUCGGACUCUACAAGGUUGGAUUCAGCAGUGUGUCAGACUACAUCACCUACACGUGGGUCAAAGAUGAUGAGGUGGCCUUCAAUGAGGAAGUCAUACAGGUUUAUGUGAGUAAGGAGGAAAUCCCUGUGCGAGGAGGAGAGUGCGUGCUGUGCUACUACAGCAACACGCUGCAGUGCAUCAUUGGAAUUAGUGAACCAUUCCAGGUCCUGGAGUCAAAGGUAGCUGUUGAGGAAGGUGUGCUGCCUGAGAGGAUCAAUGGACUUGACAAAACUGUAGCAGAUGAAGAGUUUUGGUAGUGACCGGUCAUCUGAGCGGUACGGUGUCGAGAUGGAUCCAUUUGAGUCCAGAUCGCCUGAACAGAUACUUGGGUUUUCGUAGGUGUUUCUUAACCUGCUGCUGAAAGAGCAGAUUAGAGACGCUGCCGGUUCCUACUGUUGCACAACCCCGCUGGCCUCUAGCGCCACCGCUGUGGCCUCUGCAGUCGGUGCACACUUUCUUCUUUAAUGACGGGUUUCUAGGCUCACAUUCUCUGUCCUCAUAUGAACUAGGGAGAAGGUUUGAUAGAACUCAAGGCAGCAAAUCUGAACAAUCCUUCAUCGACUAACUUAAACACUGAGAACUGGCCUUUUUCACAGUGGAUAUGUUGACUUCUAUGAGGUAGACAUGUCCCUGUGAAAAAGGCUGUGGGAAGGUUAGGAUGGUAGUUUAGAUUUAAAUGGGCUUUAUAUGCAGAAAGAAAGGUUUUAUUGUACUGUCCAUAAGAUUGCUUUAUGAUGUAGUAUGAAGUUGAUUAUUAACGAGCAGGUUGUGUUGAAGAGCGCGAGGUAAAGUGUGUUGGAGGUCUGUGCUGCAUUAUGUGAGGAUGCAGGAAUGAAGGAAAUGUUUAGAGUUGAAUAUUUGGUGGAAACACUCCAGUCAAACUUCACUUGUCUGCUACAGUUACAAAAGGAAAAGGGACAAAGCUCACCGGCUGUUUUCGUUUACAAGGCACCCUGAUCACACCAGCUUGUUCAUAGAGAAUGCAGUGGAAGAUGAUGAGCAAUCAGGUCCGUGGCUUUCCCAGCCGAUGUGGAGGGAUUGGUAUCGUUGAUGCCAGUCUGGGGUUGCACAUCACCAACAUGCAUUUUCAUGGCAAAGCAAAUAUAAUGCUGGAGCAGGAGCUUAACCAGAAAAUGUCUUUAUUAUUAUUAUUAUUAUUAUUAUUAGCUAUAUUGUCCAUGUUUUCAUGUUAGUCCAACUUCAAGUUUUAAAAGUAAAUGGGAUAAUUAAACAGUCAAAAUAGAAGCUCCACCUGAAAGGAUCAUUUAGUCGCUGUGCAUGUGACUCAUGUCGUCUCAGACUGUGUUAGUCAGUAGCUUCAGUUAACGUGGAAUGAGUCAAUAAGAAGUAAAACUUACCAGCGCUGUGAGUGGAGAGGAUAAAAGAUCAAAUAGGGCAGAACUUAGGGAAAGGUUAAGGACAUCUUAGGUUUUGUUUUGACCAGCAUUGGUUCAAGUUUAUUCCUAAAAACAGAACAAAAUGUUAUUCUGUGCUUCUUCUUUUCCCCUCUUUCAAAUACCCUGCUGUUAGUAGGAGUUGUUCAUUUAGAAAGAUGUGAGGAGUCCAUCAGCUCUGAGGGACGGAUCUUAGUCUGUGUACUGUUGUAGAAGCAUUGCUGUAGUAGUGGAUCUGUUCAUGGUUUUUAACGUCCUGUAUGUUAUUUAAAUGAUUCACACGGCUCUCAGAGUAACGCACUAGUGUUAUGAAUGGACCGCUGUAGGAAGAUGAGAGAACGUUUUGCGGUUCACAUCUUCUCCUCCCAGUAUUUUAGUUGACUUCAGUUGUUCCUGGAGGACUUGAAAGCAGCAGUCUUAUAGCUUAGCUUCUCUGUGGCUCCCGCUCAGCUUCCUGUCUCUGUAGCCCACUGGAUCCCUGCAGUUUAAAAACAUGUUAAUCAUUCCUGUUAAUGCUGACGGAGGCAUCACAGUGAAGUGGAGAACUUACAGAUAUAUUGCACUGUUUAUUGUUAAUGCAUACGUAUUUAUAGGUUGUCAUGUUAUUAGCGUGUAAUGCGAAAGUAUAUAAAUAUGUUGUUUUUAUUGAGCUACGUGGAUUCAGCAAGUGCCUUUGAAAUGAUUGUCGAUUUAUAUUUACUGUACUGUACUACGCUGCUGCAUACUCCUGAGCUUCUUUAGCCGGAUUUGUUAACAUUUUCACGGCCUCCUCUUCAUUUUAAACAUCGCUGCUCUGAGCUGUCAGCCACAUGAAGGCGUCUUCUACUGAAUGCUGUUAGGAUUGGCUUGCUGCUGUCUGACGUUUUAUUAGCCACUUUAUGUCAGUUUUUUGUUUUUUUAAACUAAAAUGUGACUUAUUUUCUGAAAACAAACAUUGAAAUGUACUGUAAGAACACAAACAGAUUUCUAGCUUUGCAGAUGCACAUAUUAAAUAAGUCUCACUUCA